CAACUCACUAAUUUCAAUGAAAUCCCCGCGUCUGCGUUACCACCUUGAUGGGUUCACAGCCCAUUCAUAAGAGCUAAGAGGGCGCAUAAUGUGUCAGCGAUGAGCUUGCAGUCCGUCAAGUACAUACAUGCAUCGAUGGCUACAUUCUGGACCUAUGAUUAUGUAUGUUCACUUCAUGAAGAGUGGACAUUUUUGCUUCAAUCACGCUGGAACAAGAUGAAAUGCCUCUAUAUCAUCACACGAUACCUCCCCUUUAUAUUUCUGGCCAUGGAUCUAUCCAUGUACUUUACCCCAAAUGAGAACCCAGGUGUAUGUGAUGUGGUGGAAAGUUAAAGAACGAACGACUUACUGCAUGAAUUCGCCAGAAAUGCCGGGUGUUGGAAAAUACUCAAUCAGGUACGUGCGUAGUGCAUUCAUGUAUGCACGUCCUUUCUGAAGGCUAUUACUUUCCUGUCACAG